AUGCGUUUUACUAUUGCCGCCUCAGCUGCUUUGCUAGCAGCUUCUUCCGUAAAUGCUUUAGGUGAACUAGCAUUCAAUCUAGGAGUUAAGAUACAUGAUGGUACUUGUAAGUACACACAAGACUACCUCGAGGAUUUGGAUGUUUUAAAACCAUACACUGAUACCAUUAAAUUUUAUGCUUCUUCUGACUGUAACACUUUGCAGUGGCUGGGCCCAGCUCUUGAGCAGAAGAAUUUCAAGGCAUUCGUUGGUGUCUGGCCACAUGAUGAUGCGCACUUGGAACUUGAGAAGGCUGCUUUGAGAACCUACUUGCCUCGUAUGAAGGUCUCCACUGUCAGGGCUUUCUUGGUUGGUUCCGAAACUCUAUACCGUGAUGAUAUGUCAUCUGAAGAGUUGGCUUCAAAGAUCAAGGAGGUCCGUGACGUUGUUCAUGAACUCAAAGAUGUCGACGGUAACUCUUACAGCUCCGUCCCAGUCGGUACUGUCGACUCCUGGAAUGUUUUGGUUGAUGGUCGUGCUAAGUCUACUAUCGAAGCUUCCGACAUUGUCUUUGCUAACGCUUUUGCUUACUGGGAAGGUCGUGAGAUGCACAACUCUUCUUACACAUUCAUCGAUGACAUUAUGCAAGCUCUUCAAACUAUCCAAACUACUAAGGGUACUACUGAUAUUACUUUCUUCGUUGGAGAAACCGGCUGGGCUACUGAAGGUGGUAAUUUUGGACAAUCUUACCCAUCCAUCAGCAACGCAAGAUUAUACUGGAAAGAAGCUAUCUGCGCAAUCAGAGCAUGGGGUAUCAACACCAUCGUAUUUGAAGCUUUUGACGAAGAUUGGAAGCCUGUUACUUCUGGUAUUUCUGACGUUGAAAACCACUGGGGUGUUUUCACUGCUAAUAGAGAACUAAAAUACCCGUUAGACUGCGACUUUGACUAG